AGGACGCUCAGAUGUGGGGUGAUAGGUAUUUUAUGGCGCGCGCUGAAAAGGCGAGAAACGGCUGGAUAACUUAUCACAAUCACAAUUGACGAGUUCCGAACAUCCAAAGUAUGCAGUAAAUGCCAAACUCUAACCUGGAUGCCAGCCUCGCCUGUUACUAGAUUGAGUGUGCUUACCUGUUCUUCUUGUCAUACUCUUUGGCAAAGAGACAUUAAUGCCUCCCGAAACAUGAUGACAAUUUCUAUCAGCAUUUGGCAGGGACGAGAAAGAUCAACACCUUUUCAACGCACUACCACUACCAACACCACCACCACCUCACCGCCACAGUCAUCGCUGUAAUAAACACAGCUUACCUAGUGUAUUUAGAUGACCACAUUCACUCAACGUUUGUUGUUUGGAUGCUUUACAAGUAAGCUAAAUAUCUGAAAAUUAAUUUUCAUUUGUCCAGAAAAAGACUAACAUUGUCUGAAUUUAAAGUAGAAAUACUGCAGAUAAGC